GCUGUUACUAGUUGUACAGUUCUCUUUCAGUUUAUAUCAGAGAGCCCAAUGGAGUCUUUUGAAGGACCUAGUAGGGUUAGCAAGGCUAACUUAUUAGAAGUCCCUACUGUGAAUGAUUUCUCUUCUGAAGAUGAAGAUGUUAAACCUGACAUUAAACAUCGUUUCUCUCCACUUCCCCGAAGGCGGAAUUCUGCUUCUUCAGAGGAAGAGGAGGCAGAUACCCCCACCACCAUUGCAAGAAAAGUUUCAUUUGCUGAUGCAUUUGGGUUUGAUCUUGUGUCUGUUAAAGAGUUUGAUACAUGGGAAGUUCCAAAUCCAGCACAAAAUAAUGACUUAGAAGAUGAAGUGUUCCCUCAGGAGGAAUUUUUUUUAUCUCAGCUGUUUACAUUACCUGCUUCCCAAGAAGAACUUUUGCAAAAAGUGCGAGAGCAGAAAGUACUGCUGGAGUCAAUUGUGUUCCUGCCUGGAAUUACCUGUAUGAACGGUAUUAUAAGAGUCCUCAAUGUAUCUUUUGAAAAGCAGGUAUAUGUUCGAAUGACACUGGAUGACUGGGUCAGUUAUUACGAUAUCUUAGCAGAAUUCAUGCCUAAUUCUUGUGGCAGUGAAACUGACCAGUUCUGCUUUAAGAUUUCUUUAGUGCCUCCUUAUCAGAGAGAUGGAGCCAAAGUGGAGUUCUGUAUACGAUAUGAGACAUCAAUUGGUACUUUCUGGGCAAACAACGAUGACAAAAACUACACUCUGAUUUGUCACAAGAAAGAAAAUGUGUCCAAGCUGGAUAAUAAACCACACAGAGAAACUACUGAUAGACAUCUUAAAGGCUGCUUAAAGACAACACCAAGCAGCAAAGAAGAAAUAUUGGCAACGUCUGAUGAUGAUGUAUGGAAUAAUUCAAGAACUUCAGACAAAAGCAUCCCAGAGAUUGUUUAUUCGCAAGCAGAAGACAAAGAGACUGAUCCACCUAAUGAAAAUAUAAAAGAUAAAAAUGCAGAAUACAACCAGGGUGAUCAUGAAGAUGAUGAAAAAGAAUUAGAGUUGCUGCUAAAUCAGCACUUCACAGGAGCUAAAGGUACCUCUACCAGAGAUGAAAGGAAUUUAGACACAACAGAACCAGUUAAUUUUCCAAGUGAAACUGAAAGAUUGGAGAAAAAGCUAACCAGUAGAGAAAGAAGCAGUGACUUGCUGAGGCACCCUGUGCCUAUCGGUUCCUCAUCUGAAAAUACUUCACAAGAGAUAGGAAAAGAAUUAAAAGAUAAUGCUAAGUAUUCCAUAAGAGAUCGUAAUAGUCAGCCAUUAGGAAAGGAAGUCACUGCUGGCUCAGCAAACAGCAGCAAGCAGUCUUGGGAUCAUACUGGUACCAGUGAUACCCUUUCAUCAGCAAAAUAUUUUCCUGGAACAAAGCAGAAUGAGGCUAUCGAUACUGUGGCUACUAUCUCAAGCCGACAAGGAGAAAGCCACACAGAUAUUUCAAGAGGUGAAACAGACAGUGCCUCAGGAAGUAAGAUGAUGGAGAGGUUAUUCAUCAGUGAGGAUGCUGCUGAUACCUCAAAAGAGACCUGUGAAAUGAGACCAGAAACCAUUUCUUCAGUGCAUGAUGAAUCCCUGCAAUUAAAUACGUGCAUAACAGAAACGCUGGAUGGCAAUGCUAAUCCAGCUCCAGAGCACCAGGCGCCGCAAACGACUCACCAAACUCUGGAUUCAUUGUUGUCAGCCACUGACAAAAAUGAAGGAAAAAUCAAGAUGAUUGAAAGCAAAGUUCGGGUACAUUUAAAAGGAGAUUUAUAUGCCGACACUUUUGCAAAUGCUGAUGGCUCAAUAGAUUCCACAAAAAGCCAAUACACACACACAAAAGGAGCUGGUGAAAUGUCAGAAAAGAACUAUAGCACUGAUACAGAGAAGGAGAAGAAAGUCAUUGAAGUAGCAGACUUAGCACUAAUCGGAGAGGAAGAAGCACCCAAGUUUUUCAAAUCACACAGAAAACAUUCUACUAAAACCUUCAACACAUCAUCCCUGUCUGCUGAAGACAACAGGCAUGCACCCGGGCCUAAGCAAGCAGAUCCCAGGGCCUGCUCCCUGGGGGACGAAAGCAGAGCUGAAGACACUCAGGAACACAGAGGAUUCACAAGGUUAAAAGACAGAGGAAAGUCAGACAACAGAAAUAAUGUAAGACUUAUAGGGAAGGAAAGUGAAGCAAAUGCCACAGAACAGGUGUGGAAAAAAGCAGAUAGUGGGGUUCGGUGGGAAGCAGGGGGUGAUGCGAGGUCUCAGAGUAUGGCUUACACAGAAGAGCUGUUUACCUGCCAAGAGACAGAGAGUUGUGAAAAGUCUCCUGUCUCUGAGCAUGGUAUUACAGGGAAAGCAGAGGCAGGUACAGCUUAUAUAAUUAAAACAACAUCAGAAAGUGCUCCAGAAAAAAUGUCUGCCAGUGAAAAAGCAGUAAUUGCUAAGCUACCUCAAGAGACCGUACUAAGUGACAGGCCCACAGAGGAAAAGGAAACAGCGUUUGAUACACAUGAAGGGAGAAAUGAUGGUUCACAUUAUGCUCUUUGUCAACUCAACACAGUGGGUGUAUUAUAUGACACCGAAUUUGAAAAGGAAUCAGUUUUAGAUACUUAUAAUGCACGCGUACAUGAAACACUGCAAAGAGAAAUGAUGUCUGUAUGCAAUAGCAGGGAAAAACGUGCCAAAGCAAAAUCAGACAUUGGCAAUAUUCUACCUGUAGGAGAAGCCAUAAAGGCUUCUGCUAUGGGAAAGAAAGAUGGCUUGGGGCAGGGUUUAUAUUCAGAAGAAGUAUCUAAAUGUUCCUUGAGCACCCAAAAACACCUAUAUGGUGAGGAAGUGGAAGAGCUCUAUAGGGAAGAAAGCUACCUUGGAACACCUUCCUAUCUGCAUGCUAAAGCUGAAACAAAAAUGUCACCCUCUGGUACAAACACUAUGCCCAGUUACCACUAUAAAAGCUCUUCAGUGGCAUCUUCUGAAGGGUUCACUGUGGCAGGAGACAUGGGCCAUCCAUAUAUUCACUCUGAUUUCAAAGUAAUUGAAAAGGUUUUUGCUGAGUCAGGAUGUGAUUUAAGUCUACCAAAUGAAAUGACAUGUAUUAACAAAAACCUCUCUUCUGAAGCUGGAAGAAAAGAAGUACCUUCCACUUCAGACAUGGCCAUUUCUAGGGAAGAAAGAGGGAAGAAUAUAGGUCAAUGUUUCCAUCAAGCAGAAUUCAAACAAGAGAAGUCAUUGAGGCCAGAAAUUUCAAUUAGUGAGCCUACCAAAGAACUUGGCAGGAAGGGCUCUGAUUCUGACCAUUUAAUAACUGAGGAGAAAACACGAAAUUGGCUUGAUGAUUCACAGAAUGAAAAGCAGCAUGUUUCUAAUUCUGCAGAUAUUUCUGACCAGAAAAGUGAAGGACAUGUGCUGCCUAAUGAAUCUCCAGGUUUAAAACAUAUUGGUUACAAAAUCUUUUAUUUCUUUUUCUUUCUUGUGCUUGCUGCAACGCUCUAUCACUAUGAUUUGAUGGUUUGUCUUGCACUCUACCUGUUCUCCUUGUAUUGGUUAUACUGGGAAGGAGGAAGAAGCAAGGAGUCUGUCAAGAAAGAAUAACAUUCUUUGAUUGUCAGCUGUGCUCAGGAUCCAUGGUCAAUAUUCUCCAACUCCUCCAAAACAUUUUCACUGUUAAAGAGCUUAUUCAUUGUUAGAACCAAAGCAAGGUUUCCACUGAAGCAUCUUUUAAAAAAGAUUACAUAUGAAGUUGAGCCUUCAUAUAAGUAAUUAUACUAUAUAGGACCAUUAUGUUUGGAUCAUUAAAUACCUACAUGAAUAUGAGAUCUGAAGCACGUCAACUUAAAAUGAAGUACAGCUGUUGCUCCUUAGCAGGCUAUGAAGAGGCAAUGCUUCAUAUCUCUUUAGUACUUAAAAACACCAUUUUCUUGCAUUAAUUUCUUUUGCAGUAAAGCUUCAUUUUUUUUCUGGGAUUUUUUUUUUUUUUUUUUUUCCUAAGGAGUACAUAAUACAGGGAAAGGUAUAAUAACUAACUCAGUAUUUUGCUACUGAUAUUGCAGUUGAUAAUCUGUUAGUGUAAUUAAGCAAUACUCUAAGAAAUAUGACAUCUGCUGAUAGGCUAUUUUCUUCUUCCAGAUUUUUAUUUUGUGGUUUUGACUUAGUGCUACAUUGAAACCCCUGUUUGAAAAUUGUAAAGUUAGACUCUAGUUACAUCAUGAAACUUUCUGGAUAUACCUGUGUAGAGGAAUGGACAUAUUUUCCACCCUGAAGAGAUAGAAGGUCACAGCCAGAGGCCUCUUACAAUUCAUGCACUUGCACAAAUAUUUUUGUUUUAUUUGUAAAUGACGAUUGUGUAACACAAUUGAGAAUUUCACUGAACUGAGUGUUAUUCCAGGCAAAUGCUUUGAAUGAUAUUUUUUUUCACCAGUGUUGUUUGAGCAUAUCUAAAAAUCAUUAAAUAAAUUUUACAAAGGAGUGCUAUGACUGAGCAUGUCUGAAUUAGGCUUAUUGCUUUUUUCUAUGGCUUGUUACCUAAAGAUAAUCAUGCACCAAGAGAAAAUUCAGGAAACAGCCCUGGUGUUUAGUGUGAUUUAGGUGAGACAUAAAAGCCUGGUGUCUGCCCUAAGAAGAGCCCAGAGAAACAGACCUCACACAGCAGGCAUCCUGUAGGCUCCUGUUUACUGCAGGUAUGCUGGAGACUCCACUGCUCCAACAUCACUGGUCUCUCAUACAGGGUCAUGCCCAAAGUUUGUCAGGGAGGAAAGGAUGGACAGGUUAUGUUGCACUACAGCUAUUUUCCAGAUGACGGCCACAAAGGCUAUGAUAGGCUCUAUAUUAAAACAAGCACCAAGGCUGUAUGUUACUGGAAACCUAGAAUUUAAGAAGAAAAGGGAUGUUUUAAGGCUUUUUUUUUGUUGUUGUCUUUUUUACCUUUUUUUUUCUUUCCUCUCCUUGGCUCAAUACUGCCAGUGUGAAAUUAUUGCCAGUGUGAAAUAUCACAUUGACUGUGAAAGGUUUGGUUGUAAUACAUGGCUGAAGCUCCAUAAUAAUCAAGUUAUUUAGUUGUUAGCUCUGCAACAAGUCUUUUAAUGUUGGUUUAAAACUUAUUUACAUGUUUCAGGAUGUUAGGAGACUCUGUUACAGGAGGGACCUUGACAUUCUUGUUCUCAAAGCAAGUAAAAUUUUGGAACUUUGUGGGAAUGAUGCAUUCAGUGGGAGUGAGCAAAUGUGUGGGUGAUCUGUUGCUGAUGUGCAUGCUGACAGCUGGAUGCCUUGACAACUCUUGAUAGCAAUCCAUAAAUGAGUUUUAGUGAUGGGCUGGAGGCACUGAUGGGGUACGCAGAAGUCUGUAAUACUAGUCUAGAUCUUCAAAGGCAUAUAGAAGCCAAAUGCUCAUUGAGAUAAAGAAAUUAAUUCAAUAGGUAUUAGGAGCUAGAUCCAAUAAAAAGCUUAGGCUUAGAGUUAAAGCAGGAUUGAGGUUGAAUCUGUGUAAGUCCAAAAUAAUGAUCUCAAACUCUUCUUUACCUGGAGACCACAAACAUUGAAAGAAUCUAGCCUUUUUAUGAUGAACCUAGGCACUUUUUAAAAGAGCAUGACAUUCCCUUACUUUUGGCGGUUGCUCUCUGCAGUUUGACAGGUCCCUGGUCUAAGUGGUUCAGCAUUUAAACCUCACUAGGGUAGAGAACUUUGGUGUUACUUCACUUCCCAGUACAUUGGGAACUCUCAGGUAGUGCCUAAUAUAUUCUGACAGGGUCAAGGUUCUCAGUUGGAGGGUUAAAAAGGUGAAGAAAGCACCCUGCAUCUGUCAUGCUGAAAUUGUCACUUUGCAGUCGAGUACCAGACCCCUGGGGCCUGAGAGACCAAGAACACAAGAAAAAUCAUAGUCUAAUAGUUUUAAAAAACAGACCAGAAGAAAGAAUCUUUAGUUUCAGUUCCCAGUUCAAAGUGUUUCUCAAACUAAUUUACCCUAUAAUAUUAAAAAAAUAAAUAAAUCAGAAAAUUCAGAGUGAGGACCAAAACUCAGGUUCCUGUCCUGUUAGGUAAAUGUAGUCUAUUAAACUGCAGGAUUCAAAUCCGUGUUUGAAUAUCUUCAGUUUUACCAAAUUUAUGCCUUCCACCCAUCAGGAUAUAUUUUGACAAUGAGACUACUAUUAUUUUCAAGAGGAAUCUGGUCCCCAGGGCUUGGAAGUAUCCAUAUGCAUAGGUGGGCUCUUACUUUUUCAAAUUAAUUAGCUCAAAGUGGUUCCCUGGCCAAAAUUAUAGCUACCAUUGGCUUUCCAUUUGAGGCUAGAGAAUUUGCAGCCCACAUUCUGAGAGAGUUUUCUUCUCUCAGAGCUUUGGUCCUGAAAGAGAUCUGUAAUAUGUGAAAGAUCUGAUUUUUAGAAAAAUCUAAGUCAGACCUACAAAUGCCUGAGAGACCUAAAUAACCUUGAACACCUUGGACACAGGCCUUAUUGCAAGCAGAGCUGAGCAGCCCAGCCAUCAUGGAAGUGGACAAGCUUGCUUGUAAUUUUUGUUGAAUCUUGGGGAAUCCAAGGAGUACAUACUUCGGGACUCUUGUGCACUUUGACCUGGAAGCCAAGAUAUCCUGCAGCCACAGGAACUCUUGUGUGGUAGUCUUUGUUUGUAGUAUGGAAGUUGAAAGUGGUUUCUCAUUUAUUUCAGCCCAAGUUAUUUGGUUGUUUGACAAAGAUUCAGCUCAACUAAUUGGACAGCAAUAAAAGAGGUCAGGGAUAACUGAUAGGUCCAGGAGUAUGGGUAGAAGAAAGUUGUUUGAUUGAAUCAGUGUCUAGAGAACAGCAGAAAAAUAUUCUGGAGAGCCCAGGAAAAUCAGUAUGAUCUGAAAAAAAAGAAUGUGGAUGAUAAAUAGAGAGGAUAUACUAGUACAGACAUUCUUUAAAAAUUAGUGGGUUUCAACAAUGUGUCAUAAUACAUUUAAACCAGUUGCUAAGUAUUAGCUAAAGUUUAGCUAAGUUGCUUCAAUUUCUACAGAAAGCUAGCUCAAAAUAGCUGUAUUUCUGUGUCCAACAAAUUAGUCUGGGUAUGCCUUUUUAGCAGGUACAGUCAUUCAGAGUUGGAAUUUACGGUAAAUAUUUGAAUGUUAGAAUAAGCAUAUUUCACCUACAUACAAGUGGAAUACUGUUAGCAUUUCUCAGAUUUGGAAUGGGAUUUUUAUGUUCUAUGUUUAAGAUAUUUAGUCAGCAUAUCGUACAUUAUGAUUGCAAAAUAGGACUCUAGACUGAUCUGUGAACACAGGUGCCUGAACUUUUAAGUACCUAUGUACUUAAAACAACAAAGCAAGUAAUUUUAUCUUUUUUUUUUUUUUUUUUAAAUUAUUUGUCAUUUGAUAAGAUAUCUUUUAAAAAUCCUCUUACUUUUGUUUGUAGUAUGAAAACAACACCAUUAUGACAUUGGCAAAAUAUUCAUCUUUUACUUAUUUCAGGGAAGAAAUAAGUAAAAUGUGUAGUUUUUUUUUUUGCUGUGAUUCAUUUUGCUUGCCUACUAGGCCUCAGUAACAUAUUUAUAGUCAAUAGUUUCAUUUCUGGUAGUUUCUAGUUAUUUCUUCAGGCUACACUACAGAAAGAAGUUAUGACUCUCUGUGACAGGCCCAUGGCCAUGAAAGGUUCAACCCUGAUACAAUAUAGUGGAAAAAAAGCUUGCUUGUAUUGCUACAGGUAUAUGAGGUAUAUACAUCUCAUACCAUGGGAAUUAUGUCCCAUGACUAUUAUCUGAAUUGUACAUGUAACAAAUAAACACAUUUUUGUAUUGUGGCAUAUAUAAUUUAUUGAAUUUACUUAAAUAGAAAUAUGGGGCAGCAGGGAAAGGAGUGGGAAGAAUGUCUGUAUCCACAUACCUUGCUAGGAGAUAGUGAGAACAAACUACAUCAUUAAUUUAAAAAAUAUUUGAUGUUAAUUGCUUGUUGCUUCUUAUCCAUCAGUAAUUUUUGUCUUGGCACUAGAUAGGCUGCACAAACAAGCUAUAGGCUUCUAAAGGUCAAUGUAAUAUUGAAAAUGAAAAAUAAGGUGGACAAACUAUGAACUAGAACCAUAGAGGAAGGUUAGUAUGGUAAUUUUCUGUGUCACUAUACUAAUUUUUUGGUACCUGAGUGGUAUAUACACUGCUGAAGUAAAUGCCUAAGCUCUCUAGUCAUCAAACCUAAGAGAAUCAAAAUAGAUAUUGUGUUGGAAAGGAAGCAGACUAAGUUAUCUAACAGGAGAACCUGAUAGCAGGGCUGGGUCUUACAUCCUUGCCCUGUCAGAGGGAUUAGGUACUUAAUUCUGGGCUGCAGGGGAAUGUUUUUAUCAGAUCAGGUUUCAUAUCCUGCAGCCUUCUUGUGCAGUGAGGUACCUAAACUGCUACUUUCAAAAACAGAACACUUUGCAGAAAACAAUCCCAGAGACUUGGGACUGAGGAUAGGAGAAGUUUAACUCCUUAAAGCAUGCACUAGGGCAUUCAUCUAAGAGGGAACAUACGGAUACAAUCCUUGUUCCUAGAAAAACUCAAAUAUUUUAUGUGAAAUUCUAAUAAGAUAAGUAAUAAGUACAAAACUGACACCAAGAUUUCAUAUAUCCUCAGCUAGGUCCGCUUCCUCAGAUUAUAAAAUCAUUCUUCCAGGGCUACACCAGUGCCUCAUGAAUCAGUGCUGGAGGAUUGUUCAAGUCAUGAAGGUAUCAUAGAAAAAGGGGUAACAUCACCAGUGGCUGAACCCAUUGUGCUUUUUGAACACCUUGAGCUGGUAUCUGUGCUCUAAGUUUAGGCCUCUGAUUGGACCAAGUAACUGGACUGGUAAAAUGCUUAAAUGUCUCAAAAGAUAAGUGGAAUUUGUGGAUUCCUCCUAAAUCCCAACACAGGAUUAUAUCUUCAAGCAACUAUGUCCUUUUGUGGAUCUCUGCUAAGCUUUCUAAAACUUGUAUUUUUUUUCUGAAAGCACUGUCUGCAAAGCAAACCAUAGAGAUACAUAGAUAAUAAGGGAACUCGUGAUGCUUUGCUGACCUAAGAGGUCUUGAAGCUGCUGAGGGUUCAGAAUCGAGGUGGUAGUCCGGAGUUCUGGUCUUUAGGUAUAGGGGGGGAAUUUCAGACCAAAACUAAAAGCUCAGAUAUACAUCUGAGUGAAGACAAUAUUUGUGAAACAGGGUAGGUAGGCUGAAGGGAACUGAUAGUUUCUCAGUUCUGAACAGACAUGAAGUAGGUGAGCUGAGUCAUUUAAUGAGUGAGGUAUGUAUAACUUGGUGGUACAUACAAGGUAUGUGUGUGCAUAUGUGUAGGUGGCACUAGGACAAGUGGGUGGAAAGGUGAGAACUAGAUUUCAUGGGUGAGUGAAGAAGAAAUAAUAAACAGAAUGGAUAAUUGUAAAGUUUCUGAACAGCCUCUCUAAAAACACGAGAGUUUAAUAAGUUCUGAGUAGGUUGGACAGAUAAAUAUGGUAUUAGCUAUAUAGAUUAAAGUACUAAAAAUGAAAGUAUAUGCUAACUUCUUUCGGUAACUGUUAUCAGUUACUACUUAAUAGCAUUGCAGUGGAUUAUAUCUUGCCCUUGAAGUUAAUAUUCAGUGAUUUAAGAUCAGAGAAUGGCUCUGAGGACCAGAAAAAAAGACUUUCUCAGGAUGGUGUACCCUCCAUGAAGGGACUACUGCCAGCUGAGCUGGAGUGGGAAAAUUACCUCAUAGCCUUUUUCUCAUCUCAGUCCCCAAUGACAAGAACCUAUGGGUAUUAGCAGUAAACAAGGAGCACAUGGUACACAUCAGACUAUAAGAAUGUAAGGAAAUUCAGUGAGGAAAUACAAAAAUAUCUUAACUAAUUAAGCUUCCGUACUUCCUGUGUGGCCUUGUAAAGUUCUGAGCCACCUAGGAUUUUCUCUUUUUCCCCCCUCUUUUUUUUUUUUCUCUUUGUUUGCUUUUUUUUUUUUUUUUUCCCAUUUGUUUUUGUUGGUUAGUUUUGUUCUUUGGCUGUAAAAAGACAUUCAGAUUCCCAGGGACCACAGGGCACGAACAUGCCUUGCAUAUCCUCUUAUCUCUGAUAGCAAGUAGAUCACAGAAAAGUAGUCUCAUAUGAGCCUCUAUACUGGUUGUAUUUUUGUGGAAAUUUCUUCUCCUUUCCACCAGUGUAAUCUUUCUGGGCCUAAGCUUGCCAAGUACUUGUGUUCCUGGCACUGUCUUCUCCAAGACAGAAGACUGCUCCAUACUGCUAUACUUCCCAAAAAACUCCGAAGGGGGAAUGAGAACUGCCAAAGGAUAGAUAGUGAAGGAGCCAUCUUACUAAUUAAAGUUCUUUAUUCCAGUGCAACCAGGAGCAGAUUGAACUCUUUAAAUACAGCAACAGUGAUCUCUUUGGGGAAAAGCCCUGGUCAAGCUCCUUCAUACAAGCUAUACGCUUUUCUGUCCCUCUGUGUAUUACGGAUCAACUGAGAUCCAUGACUGACAGAUGGCAAGAGUAGGAAGUCUUUUGUGUACAUUUCUUACCUCUUAGAAUAGUCUAGGCUGUUGAAUGGUUCAGGGACAGAGACAAUAAAGGAAGAGUGACAGAGAGAAAGCAAGCAAGCUUGUCUGUACUGUUCCAGAGGAGGCAAGAGGUUCAGAAAUAAGCAAAUUAUCUUCUGAGUUCAUUUGAGUUUGUGAUCAACACAUCACUGUUCUCAUGCUGCACUUCGGAAAAGGACACAAAACCAGAUGUGCCUUUUCAUUUUCAUUUCCAGCAUAUUAGUAAUAACAAAAACUUAAUUAUAAGACGGCUAAUUGAUGAAGGUUGUGAUCCUGGCUGUAAAGGCAAUGCCUCUGUUGGCCUUACAGGCGAAAGGGACAGGCUGCCGUAAAUGCAGAGCAUUUGGAUGGAGUGGCCAGGACGUGCUAACUGCCCACUUUGCUGGGAUUUUACUUCCAUGUUUCACGUACACCCACUCACGUGACCAUUAUCAGUCUCUUAAGUCACCUAUGUCCUGAAGCACAGACACUUGUCUUCAAUCUUAUUUUAAUUUGCAUGGUAAAUUUCCAGUACAGUAAUACUCUGUUUUAUUCAUUACAUGAUAUAUAAUUUGAUAUAAAGAAAUGUUUAAAUAAGCUGUUCAUUGUCUUGAAAUUGUAAAACAUUGCAAGAUAUAAAGUACAAGAAACUCAACACUACGAACUGCUACUGCGACCUUUUAGACUAGCUGAUCUGGACAGACUUACACCUGUAGCUGUACAUCAUCUUUAGCAUAGAUAUAUUGACUGAGAAGCAAACAUAAUGAUUUUUUAAAAGUGUGUUGCCUGAAAUUGCAUAAAGCAAUAGCAUGACUUGCCAUGUAAUAAAUGUAUUUUCCUUUUACUUCUACAAAAGUAAAGAACUUACAAAUUUAUUAAACACAGGUUAUAAAUUAAUGACAACUGUAAUCUCAUCAAUACUAAUUUUAAUAAAACAAUGCUAAACCAUU